AUGGAAACUUUAAUUCCAGUUAUUAAUAAACUUCAGGAUGUCUUCAACACUGUUGGAUCGGAAACUAUUCAAUUACCACAAAUUGUCGUUAUCGGCAGCCAGAGUUCUGGCAAAAGUUCUGUGUUAGAAAGUCUUGUUGGUCGAGAUUUUCUUCCAAGAGGUUCUGGCAUUGUUACACGGAGGCCUCUUGUUUUGCAACUCAUACAUAUUAGUAAGACAGAGAUAGAAAACCGAAAACAAGAAUCGGGAGAUGGUGAGACAUUAGAUGAAUGGGGUAAAUUUUUACAUACAAAGAAUAAACUCUACACAGACUUUGAAGAUAUACGUCAAGAAAUUGAAAAAGAAACUGAAAGAAUGACUGGAAACAACAAGGGUAUCUCUGCCGAUCCUAUCAAUCUGAAGAUUUACUCACAAAAUGUUGUGAAUCUAACUCUUGUGGAUUUGCCAGGAAUCACAAAAGUGCCAGUUGGAGAUCAACCUGAAGACAUUGAACAACAGAUUAAAGAACUGUGUGCAAAGUACAUAUCAAAUCCUAACUCUAUUAUUCUCUCUGUGACUGCUGCAAAUACAGAUAUGGCUACUUCAGAGUCCCUUGCUCUUGCUCGGGAGGUUGAUCCUGAAGGUCGACGCACACUGGCUGUAGUAACUAAACUUGAUUUGAUGGAUGCUGGUACUGAUGCUAUGGAAGUUCUGUGUGGUCAUGUCAUUCCUGUCAAACUAGGCAUCAUUGGUGUGGUCAAUCGAAGCCAAGCUGAUAUCAAUGUUAAAAAGUCAAUGGCUGAUUGUUUGAAAGAUGAAGCCUCCUUUCUUCAACGCAAAUAUCCUUCAAUAGCUAAUAGAAAUGGCUCACCACAUUUGGCUAAAACACUUAAUAGGUUACUGAUGCAUCAUAUUCGUGAUUGUUUACCAGAGUUGAAAACAAGAGUAAAUGUUUUAAUUGCCCAAUUCCAAAGCUUACUUAGCUCUUUUGGGGAACCUGUUGAAGACAAAGGACAGUUGCUACUUCAAAUCAUCACAAGAUUUGCUGCUGCCUAUUGCAAUACCAUUGAAGGCACAGCUAAAAACAUUGAAACAACAGAGCUUUGUGGUGGUGCUAGAAUCUGUUACAUUUUUCAUGAAACUUUUGGUCGCACCCUUGAAUCUGUUGAUCCCCUUGGUGGCCUCACUACUCUAGAUGUACUUACUGCCAUAAGGAAUGCUACAGGUCCACGGCCAUCACUGUUUGUUCCAGAAAUAUCAUUUGAACUGUUAGUUAAACGCCAGAUCCGCCGCUUAGAAGAACCUAGUUUACGUUGUGUAGAACUGGUACAUGAAGAGAUGCAAAGAAUCAUUCAACACUGUGGUACUCAGCAAGAAAUGUUAAGAUUUCCAAAACUCCAUGAGCGAAUUGUAGAUGUAGUUACUCAGCUUCUUCGUCGGCGCCUACCACCCACAAAUUCUAUGGUAGAGAAUUUAGUGUCUAUUGAAUUAGCAUAUAUCAACACAAAGCAUCCGGAUUUUGCUGAAGCUCAUUCAGUGCACAAAACAGCUGUUGAAGAUACUCAGGAGCGUAGAAUGGUGGCCAAGGAAGGAACUCCAGCCAAAGUACCUCUCCCUGAAGUUCUAGACAAUAAAGAAAAUAAGGUAAUGCCCCUUCCCGCCAACAACGGCACACGCUGGAUCUCUUCAUGGGUGAAGAGCAACCGGAUAGAAAUGCUGGUGGCAGACGAAAGUGCUGAACGAGGCACUGCAGCAUCACGGCCCAGUAGCGCUCCAGGUAGUGCUGUGCAGUCACCUGUGCACCAGAAGAAAGGGCUGAAUCUCCUGCCCGAGGUGCCAACUCAGACUCCAAUGAGAAAGUUAUCAGCACGUGAACAGCGAGACUGUAAUGUUAUAGAGCGCUUAAUCAAAGCAUACUUUUUGAUUGUACGUAAGGGCAUUCAGGACAGUGUGCCAAAGGCCAUCAUGCAUUUUCUGGUCAAUUAUGUUAAGGACAAUCUGCAAAGUGAACUGGUCAGCCAACUUUACAAAAAAGAGGAGAUCAGUAUGCUUCUAGAUGAAUCUGAACAUAUUGCAGCACGGAGAAAAGAGGGACAUGAAAUGCUACAGGCUCUACAACGUGCCAGUCACAUCAUAGGCGAAAUACGUGAAAUCCAUUUAUGGUGA